AUGGUCGUUAAAUCCUUUCAUAAAUCUUUUUCGCUCAUUGACCCUGUAUGUAGAAAAAAAACAUAUGGUACAAAGGGUACGAAAGUGGUAUCGUUGACCUCGCCAGCCUCAAUAUUGAUCUAUCUACCGACGGUUCAUGCAUACAGCGACGAACCUAAUAAAGUGAAUACUUUUUUCGAUUAUUGUAUUAUGAUAUUGAUACCCAUUUUGCUUGUGGAUAUCAGUCAACAAAAAGAAUACAAUGGGAAUAUUGCUGUAGUCGAGCAGGUUCUUACUGGUUUCUUCGCUUUGACGCUACUAAUAUACAUGUCCGUAAAAGCACAAAAUCCUUUAAUAGAUGGCGUACCAGUAAUCACAACAAUAGUUGCGGCCGUUGUUUGGUUAUUUGCAAUCGUUUACAUAAUACGACGUAAACGAAAACAUUACAAAAGAUACUACAAGAUGUUGCCUCAUACAUUUCCAGGUAGCUUCGAAGUUAGUGCCUUCAAAGUCACACUUGUAUCGUUUAUUCUGGUUUACAUUCUAGGCGUAGUCACCUGCUUUUUCAUCAUAGCACGUUUCUGGUGGCUUCAUUUUGAUGGAUUUAUUAAUGAUCGGAAAAUACCAGUCCUAAUGUCCUUGGCAUAUGUCGUUCCGGUUUACAUGCACUAUAUUAGCAAAGACUCGUUUAUUUCUAUAUGGGCUGUAGCUUUAAGCCAGCUACCCAUACUUUACGCAGCUGAGGAUUUGAUUUUACGAUGCUACUAUGCUUGUCUUAUUUCCUAUGUAUUAAGAUGGCUCACUUGGAAUAAUCGACUUAGUACAACGGAUUAUGGACCCGAUGGAUGUCUUCUUAGGAGCAUUUUAUAA